ACUAGUCCACUACCACUUGUAAAUGCCGGCUUCAGUUAAUUGCUGAAUUGUACAUGCUCAUGUUAUCAUUUAUGUGUGUGUGUAUAUAUAUGUUGAGAGAUAUGCAUAUUCAAAACCCAUCAAACUAACUGAAAAGCCUUCCUCUCCAUAAUUGUCCAUAAAGCAGAAAUCGAAGUUUCUUUCUACCUAACAUGGAUGUUUUCUAUUUUGUUGCUCUUAUUUUCAUGUUGAGCUUCCAUAUUCAUUUUACUCGAGGAAGUGUACUGAACCCCACCACUGAGAAAACUGAGACAAACAGUUUUCAAACAUACAUUAUCCAUGUGAGAAAGCCAGAGAGUAAGAUAUUCACGCAGUCAGAAGAUUUGAUAAACUGGCACAACUCAUUCAUGCCGCCACCUGCCACUACGACGAGCACUAAGGAACAGCCAAGAAAAAUGCUUUAUUCGUACCGGAAUGUGCUGAGUGGUUUUGCUGCAAGACUCACUGAAGAGGAGCUGAGAGAGGUGGAAAAGAAGGAUGGUUUUAUCUCAGCUCAUCCACAAAGGAUACUCCAUCGUCAAACGACGCAUACCCCAGAAUUCUUGGGGCUGCAGCAACAAAUGGGACUGUGGAAACAAUCAAAUCUCGGCAAGGGGGUUAUUAUUGGGGUGGUGGACUCUGGCAUCACACCUAAUCAUCCUUCGUUCAAUGCAGCUUGUAACAACAAACUAAUUGGUGCAAGGACUUUCAACAUUGCAGCUACAGCAACGAAUGGAACUCAAAAUGUGCCACCUAUUGAUGAAGAUGGACAUGGGACUCACACAAGCAGCACUGCAGCUGGUGCCUUUGUGGAUUAUGCAGAAGUAUUGGGAAAUGCCAAAGGCACAGCUACAGGGAUGGCUCCUUUGGCUCACGUGGCAAUGUAUAGAGUAUGCUUCGGAGAUCCCUGCCCCGAGGCUGAUAUACUGGCAGCAUUAGAUGCAGCCGUGGAGGAUGGGGUCGAUAUAAUAUCAAUAUCUCUUGGCCUAAGCGAGCCCCCUCCAUUUUACAAUGAUAGCACUGCAAUAGGUGCAUUUGCAGCAAUUCAGAAAGGAAUAUUUGUAAGUUGUGCAGGAGGAAAUCUUGGCCCCUCUAAUAGCACUAUAGUUAAUGGAGCCCCAUGGAUUCUCACUGUUGGAGCAAGCACUAUUGACAGAACCAUUGUAGCAACAGCGAAGCUUGGAAAUGGGGAAGAAUUUGAUGGUGAAUCUGUUUUCCAGCCUUCCAGUUUUCCUUCAACAUUGCUGCCCUUGGCAUAUGCUGGCAAGAAUGGCAACCAACAAUCUGCAUUAUGCGCUAACAGAUCCUUGAGUGACACCGACUUCAGAGGAAAAGUUGUUUUGUGCGAAAGAGGAGGAGGAAUAGCAAGAAUUGCAAAAGGGGAUGAAGUGAGAAGAGCUGGUGGGGCUGCCAUGAUUCUCAUGAAUGAUGAAAUCAGUGGCUUCAGUCUAUCAGCUGAUGUACAUGUGUUACCUGCAACACAUGUAAGCUAUGCUGCUGGAUUGAAGAUAAAAGGCUAUAUAAAUUCCACCGCGACACCUACAGCAACCAUUUUAUUUAAGGGAACUAUCAUCGGAAACUCCCUGGCUCCUGCUGUUACAUCCUUCUCAUCAAGAGGUCCGAAUUUGCCGAGUCCUGGUAUUUUGAAGCCAGAUAUCAUAGGGCCAGGCAGUAGCAUAUUAGCUGCCUGGCCAUUCCCCCUCGACAACAGCACUGAUUCUAAAUCCACCUUCAACAUUAUGUCCGGCACAUCAAUGGCAUGCCCACAUCUCAGCGGAAUUGCUGCUUUGCUAAAAAGCUCUCAUCCUGACUGGUCACCAGCAGCCAUUAAAUCUGCCAUAAUGACUUCUGCAGACACGCUAAAUUUAGAACACACACCCAUCGUUGAUGAGAGAAAUCAACCUGCAGAUCUCUUUGCCACAGGUUCCGGCCAUGUGAAUCCAUCGAGAGCAAAUGAUCCAGGACUAGUUUAUGAUAUUGAACCUGAUGAUUAUAUACCUUAUCUUUGUGGUUUAGGCUACAAUAAUAGGGAAAUUGGGUACCUUGCACAGAGAACAAUUAAGUGCUCUGAAACAUCAAGCAUUCCUGAAGCACAACUCAAUUAUCCCUCAUUUUCUAUUGCACUUGGUUCCUCGCAGACAUUCACAAGGACUGUGACAAAUGUUGGUGAGGCCUAUUCAUCUUAUGAUGUCAUGGUUACAGCACCAGAAGGGGUUUCUGUGACAAUCCAGCCAAAUAAACUUAACUUUUCGGAAAUAAACCAAAAAGAGACAUAUUCAGUGGCAUUCAGCCGUACAGAUUCAGCUAAUAAGACAGCAGAUUAUGCUCAAGGGUCACUAGCAUGGGUCUCUGCCAAACACAUUGUAAGAAGCCCUAUCUUGGUAAAGUUUGUAUAACAUAGAAUCAAGUGAAUUAGUAAUAGUAACAAGUUGCACUACCAAAGUCCAGACAAUCAGUUCCAUUGUCAGAAACUAGCUAGUACAUGUAAUAAGUGCAAAGAAAAGCUGAAAUCCUACAAUUUCACUAUCUUUGUUUCUAUUUUCACUCCAUUAAUGUGAUGCAUAAUCAAAAUUUAACUAUAUCAUCAUAAGAUUUUGAAGCCUUACUUUCAAGUAUGAGCAAAUAUUUUGGGUUUGGCACUGCCAAAGCAAGUUAAGGAAGUGAAAGUAUUAUUGUUCACAAUGUCAUGGAACAGUAGACGCUGAAGAUCUUUGCAAAGACAGAUACUAGAAUUUUAAAAAAGUAUGCAGCUAUUAAAUCU